GAACUGUCAUUGUAAACUCUUUAGAUUUUACGGAGUUGUCAUGCUGUUUACAUUGGAAUUGAAUACAUAAACAAACACGUUUUUUGUAGUUUUUGCCACGUUGAAGCGAAACAUGGAAUGACAUUUAUGCAUCAAAUCCAAUCACUGAAGGGGUUUGAGUACUUCCUGCUCGACCAUCUGUUUACUUCACCCUCAGCUGUAUUUUAGAGCUUUUUGUACAUAUACAAUUGUAAAUAUAAGAAGAAGUAAUCAUGCUGAAGGCUGUUAUUCUUAUCGGGGGUCCUCAAAAAGGCACCCGGUUUCGCCCCCUUUCUUUUGAGGUGCCCAAACCUCUGUUUCCAGUGGCUGGAGUGCCAAUGUUACAGCAUCAUAUUGAGGCCUGUUCUAAGCUUCCGAAUAUGAAGGAGAUCUUACUUAUUGGCUUUUAUCAGCCCAAUGAAGAACUAAACAGAUUUUUGUCAUGCACCCAACAAGAUUACAAAAUCUCCGUAAGAUACCUUCAGGAAUAUGCUGCUCUGGGCACAGGAGGAGGAAUCUACCAUUUCAGAGAUCAGAUCCUGUCGGGCAGUCCAGAGGCAUUCUUUGUCAUGAAUGCUGACGUGUGCUCAGAGUUUCCUCUCCCAGAGAUGGUGGACUUCCAGAAGGAGCAUGGAGACGCUUAUAGUUUUGUCAUCCUCGGCACCACGGCCAACAGAAAACAGUCCCUGAACUACGGCUGCAUUGUUGAGAAUGAACAAACUGAUGAGGUGUUGCAUUAUGUUGAGAAGCCAAGCACAUUUGUGAGUGACAUAAUCAACUGUGGAAUAUACCUGUUCACUCCAGAGAUAUUCCAGCACAUCGGAGCAGUUUUCCAGAAGAACCAACAGGACAUGCUGUUAUAUUACGAUGAGGGAGAGGAGCAGUCCAACGGCUGGCAUCGUGCAGAGGUGAUCCGUCUGGAGCAGGACAUCUUCACAGCGCUGGCAGGCCAGGGCAAAUUAUAUGUGUACAAAACAGACCGCUUCUGGAGCCAAAUCAAAUCUGCAGGAUCUGCAAUCUAUGCAAGCCGUUUGUAUCUUAAUCAAUAUCACCAAACCCAUCCAGAGAGGUUAGCCACUAAUAGAGAAGGAGGGCCGAAGACCAGAGGAAAUGUUUAUAUACAUCCAACUGCCAACAUUGAUCCAACUGCUGUGUUAGGUCCAAACGUGUCCAUAGGAACAGGCGUAACAAUCGGUGCAGGAGUUCGUGUGAGGGAGUCCAUCAUCCUCCAUGGUGCUACUUUACAGGAUCACAGCUGCGUGCUGAACAGCAUUGUGGGCUGGGGCAGCACCAUUGGCAAAUGGGCCAGAGUGGAAGGGACCCCAAGUGACCCCAAUCCUAAUGAUCCAUAUGCCAAAAUUGACAGCGAGACGCUGUUUAGAGAUGGAAAACUAACACCCUCCAUUACAAUUCUAGGCUGUAAUGUAAAUAUCCCAUCUGAAGUGAUCAUACUCAACUCCAUCGUCCUGCCACAUAAAGACCUCAACAGAAGCUUCAAAAACCAGAUCAUACUGUAGUGUCAUUUGCAAACAAAUAAAACAGGUAUUUAAAAUGAAAAUGAUGGAUGAAUCAUAUGAAGAUUCAGUGGUGGUUGUGUUUAAAAUGUCAGCUACCGUAUUGUGCAUAUGGAUUAACCAUUGUACAGUGUUAUCACGUCAAGGCUGAAUAAAACAAAUGACUUCUCUUUGUUAA